CACAUGUAAUAAGAUACAUUUUCACUUACAUAAACCCCCAUUCUUCACUCUCUUCUCCACAAUUCACCAGCAAAGAGUCUCAAUUUCCUCCUUUCCAUCACAAAAUUCUAUCAAAUUCUGAUCAUUCACCACCAAAAAGUCUCAAUUUCCUCCUUCCCAUCACAAAAUUCUAUCAAAUUCCGAUCAAAUGGCUGAAAUUGCUAACGAACAAAUUUGCAAAAGAUCCGACGGCAGAGGUUGGCGGUGCAAGCGGCCGGUAGUAGAAGGUAGAGGGUACUGUUCGGUACACAUCGAACAAGCCCAAUUCCGCCAGAAACGGCAGCCGGUGCCGGAACACCUGAAGCUCGAGAGAACAAAGCGCACCCCAAUUAUCCCCAAACCGGAGGGAGAAUCCGACGACGGCGUUACCGAGGCACCGGUACGACGUCGUAACAAGAGGAAGAUGACAGAAACAUCGGAUGAUGUUUCUGUUCCUGUUUCUGUUUCCGAUGUACCCAGAAAGAGGGCUAAAAGGGUUAAUAUGGAGAAUCGAGAACCCGUAGUGGUUGAUUUGAAGUUGGGAAGAUUGGAGAUCGCUCCGGCGAGUUCCUCGUCGGAGUUGCAACGGAAAGUGGAGUCUCCGGCGAUUAAAGUUGGGGCUCCGGCGAGUAUGGGUUUCAAAAGAGCGAUCCGGUCGAAGAAUUGUGAACCGCUUCCGGUUCCGGUAGUGAAGAGUUUUCCGGCUAUUAAAGAAAACAUAAACUCUGCUGGAAAGAAGAAGAAGAAGAACACCAAAGUGAAGAUGGUCAAGACGAAGAACAUCAAAGCGAAGAUAGUCAAGAAGUGCCAUUGGUGCGGAUUUUCUAGUUUUUGUGUUCUCGUAAAGUGUUCAACUUGCAAGAAGAAUUUCUUUUGUCAAGAAUGCAUCGACACAAGGUUAUAUUGUAAGAAAACCGUCAAGAGGGAGUGUCCCGUGUGCCAAGGGGAGUGCCCUUGUCGAGCCUGCAUAAAAGCAAAACCUAAACAAGUCAAAAUGAAGGAGCCGGUUAUUUAUGAUGUUGACGAGGGUGUGAUUAUCUGCGAUCGUGAAACGGAGAUGGCGGUUCCCGUUCGUGAAAAGAUGUCUGAGUUUGACAUAAGUUUACACCUUCACAUGAUCCAGAAGCUUCUUCCGGUCAUGUCGAAGAUCAACCUGGAAAAAAUAAUCGAGUUGGACACCGAAGCUCGACACACAGGGAUAUGUCACAAGGGGAUAAAGGUUCAAAUUUCUGCAUAUACUAAAAGGGAAUGCAGUCUUUGCAAGGCUUGCAUUCCAGAUGUUCACAGAAGCUGUGAAUAUUGUUCUUUUGUACUGUGCUUAGCCUGUUGCCACGAGAUGCAUGAAGGAUUCUUGCACUCGAAGAUAGAAAAGUUAAAAGAGACAAAAAUUAUUAGAUCUAAACGUUCAAGAAACAAGCCGUGGAGAUGUUUAUCCGAUGGACGAAUAAGCUGUCCACCUAAGCAUAUAGGUGGCUGUCACAGGGGUGUUUUGCGCUUAACUUCUUUCUACCGGUUAUAUCUAACGAAAGAGCUAGAAGAAAGCGCAAAGCGUUUACUUUGUAGUAAUGACCUCAAGAAACUGAACGGGCUAUCGGAUCCUUCCCCGUGUUCGCUAUGCGAUGAAAACGGUAAAGCGGGUGUGUAUAUUUCCGCCACGCAGGACUUUAACGGUAAUGGAAAACAUUUUGUAAAGCACUGGGCUAAAGGCCAAGCGGUUGUUGUACGCGACGUAUUUCAAUCUCAACCCGACUUGGAUUGGGAUUUCGGUAUCAUCUUACGCACCUACCUUGAAAAGAGUGCGGAAACGCGAACCAAAACCGACGCCAUAUCAACGAAAAACAACGCUCGUGACUGGUAUAAGGUUGAUUUCCAUAGGGAACAAAUAUAUUCCGGGGGUAUAACGUACGAAAACGUGUGGAGGGAGUCUAUGAUAUUCAAACUUCGGUUUUCUUUCGAUUUUCUGCGGGAUCACUUCCCCGAUCAACACAGUGCCGUUAUCGAGUCCUUGCCGAUUCAAGAAUACACGAAUCCGUUCACCGGAUUUAUGAAUCUCGGAGCGGAUUCACUGUUUCAAACGGAAAACCCUAACUUGGGUUCCUAUGUGAACAUCUCAUACGGUGGAUCUGAUAACCCUAUGGAUGCAGCUCAUUUAUCAAAUUUAUGUAUUCGUGCAUGUGACGAGGUUAAUAUUCUUGUAUAUGCUACCGCUCGUCCCAUUCGUGAGAGGAUUUUAAAUGAGGUGAAGUUAUUAAUGUACAAAUCCAACUCACAAGAUCAUCUCACGUCUUCGAAAAAGGUUUCGAAUCGAAAUAAACUUGAAGCGAUGGUUGCUAGGACGUCAAGUGUGGACGACGAGCGUCACAGUGACGUCAACGUGGUUUCCACAUCAUCGAGGUUAGAGGACACGAUCAACCGUGAAGAGGAGCUUGUCUUUGAUGAUUUAGAUUCAGAAUCAGAAUCUGACGAUGAAGAUCUAUCUCAAGUUGGUUAUAGCUGUGGGGCCCACUGGGAUAUUUUCCGUAGAGAAGAUGUUCCGAAGCUUUUAGAGUAUCUUCGAAAAUAUUCCGACAAGCUAAGCCUAUCUUAUGGCUCUUCUGGAAAUGCCGUUCAUCCGCUUUUCGAUGAAGUCUUCUACUUGGAUGACAAUCAUAAAAGACAACUCAAGGAAGAAUUCAAUGUGGAUGCAUUGAGCGUUGAGCAACAUAUCGGUGAAGCUGUUAUCAUUCCCGCUGGUUGUCCUUACCAGAUGAGGAAAAUUAAGUCAUGUGUUAAUUUGGUAUAUCAAUUCAUGUCACCGGAAAGUGCACUCGAGUCCAUUAAAGUUAGCGAUGAAAUUCGUUUACUUCCUGUAAAUCACAAAGCCAAAGGGAAUGUGGUGCAGGUGAAGAAAAUGGCGAUUAGUCGCAUGCAGGCAGCGAUUGAAGCGAUGCGUGAGGUGUAUGCCUCACAACCAGAGUGAUCUCGGCCUUUUGUUAUUUCUCAUUCGACAAAGCCUCCUUCAUAGUGUUAUAUAAAGGGUGUUGUUUCCAUUGGCUUGACAGUUUUGCUGAAAGUCAAAGAGAUGGUCAACAAUACCUACAUUUUGUGUUGAAUAUCUUAUGUUAAAAGUCUGCAACGAGCCAGCCGGUAAGUGGUAAAGCUAACAAUGGUUAAACCAAUGAGGUACGGUCAACCUUACAAAAAAAUAAAUUUGAAGUAACCUUACCCUCCUUAACCCCCCUUUCCUUUCCAGGUAUAUUGAAUUUAGAUGAAAUUCUAGAUAUGAUUUGAUUAAAUUGUUCAGUUGACUUACCCCCCUCAUGCUAUGUUUGACUUUGCAUAGUUCUUUUCAGGCGUUGGUUUGACUUUGAACUGAGUUUAAGAUAUGGUUAGAAUUACACAUUUAGUAAACCAGUAUUAAUCACUUAACAGUUGGCUUUAUAUAUAGACAUAUAGUUAGUUUCACAUAUGUUUGACCAGGAUUUUUCAUUUGACCUAUGGUCAAAAGUGCAUAUUCGCCGUAUUAGUGAUUAAAUUAGUUUCCUGUUUUAAAACCCUAAAAAGUCUUUAGAAAAUGGCACUGGAAGUCUGGAACAAAGAAUAACAGAAAAUUCCAAUUUAUGAAUAUAUAUUUUAUAAGAAACUGAUUGUUAGUCGAAAGUCAAACACAAACCCUUUGACUGUGAGUCAAGCUGAAAUAUGCCUCGAACCUCGUGAAGAGGGAAAGCUAUUGCAGGUGUGGUUUUAUUUUAUGUUUCCUUGAUGCAUAUCUUCGGUUUUAUUCACUUACACUAUUUUAGUUCUUGCUCUGGAAUUAGUUAAGACAGGUCCUUAAAUUCUGAAGUCAAACGGUCAGAACAUAUCUGAAGUCAACUUGCAUACAGGCUGCCCGAAGAAAUUUCAUACCCGACAGCAGAUUUUUGUACGGUAUUUGUGUAAAAAAAUUUGGAUUGUUGGUUUCAAGAUGCAAAGCAAACGGGCCUUUUGACCCGAAUCCAAGUCCAUGUUUGAUUCUACUUCGCUUGUUUGAACUUAAAGUUAUUUCACAUGACUAAUGAAUCAACUCUCUUUAUAUUGACUUGACUUGAUCAUUUGAAAGGCACGAUGAUUGUAAUGUUUUCAUGUAACAAGCCAUGAAAACACGAAAACUUCGGUUUUGCAAGAUGAUAUUUAGUCAUAUGCUAAAAUCUUUUUCCAUCUUAAACUGACCAAAUCAAAAUCAAGAAACCCGAUUCGUUAAUCAAGUGAAACAGUUUGAAGUUCAAACAAGUUUAAUCACAUUACAAUAAAGAAUUCCAGCUCGGUUCAGAAGGUCUGUUUGCUUUGCGUCUUGAAACCUACAUUCAAACUUUGUCUACAAAAAUGGAGGACUAAAAUCGCAUUUGUACUGUGUAUAUAUAUGAUAUAAAUGGAUAGACCUUAUAUAUUUGUAUUGAUAUACAGUAUUCUAGCAUUUUUUUUCCAUAGUA